CUUUAUUUUAUUACACAUACAACACACAUCACACACACAAAAAUUUGUUUCGUUAUGGAAGAAAAUGAAGAGACCGAAGGACAGGCCGUGAGAGGAAGCUCAAAACGGUUCACAUUGUCCACACGCUCACCACGCUACUCUCGAUAUUCAAAAGCUAUCUCAAAAUUCGAAAUUCCCACCAUAGAUACACAGUCAGAAUUGCAACUGCUAAGACUAUGUAGGCGCCACAAGCUUGACGACAUUUUUAUUGGUGACUUUAACGACGAUGAAUUUGAUAAUGAAAACGUAUAUAUACGCAAGCAUGCAGAUCCAGAUGCACGUGAUAUCGCUCAUGAGAGUCCCAGCUACAGUAAAUUCAAACAACCCCUGCAAGCGGAAUGUCUCGCACGAUACGCGGCAUCUGCAAGGAAAUAUAAUCGUCAAUUUAAAAACGAGAUCUCCAAACUCAUUGACUACCAGUGUUCGGCACUCGAGGCAGCAUAUCUAGUGCGAGUAACGGCGUAUACUACUCUUUGGCCACCGUAUCACAAUGAGACGGAAAUAACCAAUACAUCUCGAAAAUUCUAUCGUUUGACAACAAAAGAACAAAAAAGGCUCGAAAAAAUUACUGGCAUGCCGUAUUCGAAACACUUUUAGGUUCAAUCAAAAUUAAUUGUAAUUCUCUAAAUAUAAAAGUGAAUUACUUUACUGAUUACUGAG